CCCCCCCCACAUCUCUCUGACUCGUGACGAUUUCUUUUGUGAGCACCACUGCUCAGAGUUCCAGCUGGGAAGUUCAUCAUCUGUCUGCGCUGUGCGUCUGACUGCAGAGGCAUCCUCUUGAGUUCGCCUCUCUCUCUCUCUCUCCGCCGGACUUAUAACUCCCGGAUUAACUUUGUUCGAGAAACACCAGAGCAUUGUUCAAGGAGCAAACGGGCUGCCAAGGCCCUGUCACCUGUCACCAUGGCAGCCGUCCUGCAGCCCAGCAACAACAACACCCUACAGGUGCCAGGUGAGAACAGAUCUGUUUCGUCCACUCCAUCAGGAUCCCCCUCGCCUUCCAGAAAUGACUGCAGUAUUGCCCCUCUCACGCCAUCACCCUCUCCAAGGGCAGAGUUGAGGCCCUGCGUGGCUCGUCCCUUCUCCGUGGUGGUGGCCAUUGACUUUGGCACCACCUCCAGUGGCUAUGCCUUCAGCUUCGCCGAUGACCCAGAGUCCAUCCACAUGAUGAGACGCUGGGAAGGUGGAGAUCCAGGCGUGGCCAAUCAGAAGAGCCCCACCUGCCUGCUGGUGACGCCCGAGCUGCGCUUCCACAGCUUCGGCUUUGCGGCGCGGGACAGCUACCACGACCUGGACCCCGAGGAGGCCCGCCACUGGCUCUACUUCGACAAGUUCAAGAUGAAGAUCCACAGCACCAGCGACCUCACCAUGGAGACGGAGCUGGAGGCAGUGAGUGGUCGGAGGAUGAGGGCCAUCGAGGUGUUUGCCCACGCGCUGAGGUUCUUCAGGGAGCAUGCCCUCAAGGAGGUAAAGGAGGUGUGGUCAGCAGCGCUGGAGGAGGACGAGGUGCGGUGGGUGAUCACAGUGCCGGCUGUGUGGAGGCAGCCUGCCAAGCAGUUCAUGCGAGAGGCGUCCUACCUGGCUGGCCUGGUGUCUUCAGACUCCCCUGAGCAGCUUCUCAUCGCCCUGGAGCCCGAGGCUGCCUCCAUCUAUUGCCGCAAGCUCCGCCUCCACCAGAUGAUUGACCUCAGCCAGCGACCAACGGCCAACGGCAUGGACCUGGACGGGUCCCGCCUCUUUGACUCGAGCUUUCGGCAAGCGAGGGAGCAGCUGAGGAGGUCCAGACACAGCCGCACCUUUCUGGUGGAGAGUGGGACAGGGGAGCUGUGGUCGGAGAUGCAGACAGGUGACCGCUACAUAGUGGCAGACUGCGGAGGGGGAACAGUGGACUUGACCGUCCACCAGAUUGAGCAGCCGCAGGGGACGCUGAAAGAGCUGUACAAAGCCUCAGGCGGUCCGUAUGGUGCUGUGGGGGUGGACCUGGCCUUUGAGGCCCUGCUCUGCCAGAUCUUUGGGGCUGACUUCAUCGAGAGCUUCAAAGCCAAGCGUCCUGCCGCCUGGGUGGACCUGAUGAUCGCCUUCGAGGCUCGCAAGCGUACCGCUGCCCCAGGCCGGGCCAACGGGCUCAACAUCUCCCUGCCCUUCUCCUUCAUUGACUUCUACAAGAGGCACCGAGGACAGAGUGUGGAGACCGCCCUGCGCAAGAGCAACAUGAACAUUGUGAAAUGGUCAUGUCAGGGAAUGCUGAGGCUCACUCCAGAGGCCAUGAACGAGCUCUUCCAACCCACCAUCAAUAACAUCAUCAAACACAUUGAGGAGCUUAUGCAGAAACAGGAAGUCCAGGGCGUGCGCUUCCUCUUUCUGGUGGGCGGCUUCGCCGAGUCACCCAUGCUGCAGCGGGCGGCUCAGAAUGCCCUGGGCCGGAACUGUCGCAUCAUCAUCCCGCAGGACGUGGGCCUGACCAUCCUGAAGGGCGCCGUGCUCUUCGGCCUGGACCCCACGGUGGUGCGCGUCCGCCGCUGCCCGCUCACCUACGGCGUCGGGGUCCUCAACCGCUUCGUGGAGGGCAGACACCCGCGGGAGAAGCUGCUGGUCAAGGACGGCCGCGACUGGUGCACAGACAUCCUGGACAGGUUUGUGGCUGUGGACCAGUCGGUGGCGCUCGGGGAGGUGGUGCGUCGGAGCUACACGCCGGCCAGGGUCGGCCAGCGCAAGAUCAUUAUCAACAUCUACUGUAGCAUCAGCGACGACGUCACCUACAUCAGCGACCCAGGGGUCAGGAAGUGUGGGGCCAUCACCCUGGAUCUGACCGAUCCUGAGCCCCAGGCCGGCGCUGCUGCCGCCGGGAACAACGGGAUCGCCACAUCCGAGCGGAGGGAGAUCCGCACCACCAUGCAGUUCGGGGACACGGAGAUCAAGGUGAUGGCCAUCGACAUGGCGACGAACCGCACCGUUCGGGCCAAUAUUGACUUCCUGUCCAACUGAAUGCCACACUGAUGGAUGUUCUACUACAGGGCUAUCGGAUUGUGAAGGCAGGCUUGAAUAAGAAGCAAAUGGAAGAGACUGUGAAUGAGCAGUGCGUGUUUGCAGACAUCAAGGACACAACUGUGGUUGCUUUUCUUUUUGGGAAAUGGAAUGACCAUGACCAAGGCAUGUCUAAUUGAAAUUAGCGGGCAGAUAUUGGACUAUUAAGGACUGCUAAAAGGCACCAAAAGAUUAUACUGUUAAAAUACAAGAGCAAGAGCAAAAUGUUUGCUGUUCUUGUCCUUGCAGUGCACCCAGUGUGUUGCUGGAGAUGUUACCAAAGUGGAAGUUUGUUACUCAGUGUUAGUGAUAGUGCCCCCUUGUGGUAUAAAGAAAACCCUACAAAACAAAGGUAAAAUAUGCUGGAAUUUCACUUGGAAAAUAAGCUUGGACAUUGUUACUUUGAUUUAGUUCACACACUGUACAUACCUAUUUAUAUGACUUCUUAUAAUUAUUAUCCUAAAACUGCACGCUGGGAUCUAUCCACUAGGUUCAUUGGAGUAUUUUUUUUUAUAAUGAAACUUAUGUAUUCUUGUAUCCUGCACUUAUUUCAGAUUUCUUUUUAUGUACCUUUUUUUGUAUCAAAUAUCAUAAAGUUUGACCACUAACUUUUA